ACGGGAGGGUGAGGAAGAAAGAUCGAGUCGGAGUUCGUUACCAUCGUGAUUAUCUGCACCUUAAACAUGUCCAGAUUCAGGGAACUUGAGGUGUAGGUGGGAUAGCAGACCAGACCAGACCAGACGUGGUAAGGAAGGCACGAAGCAACGUCUUCUCUGUAUUUACGUUGAUCAAUAAAAUAAAAUAAAAUAAGGAUAGGAAAUGACAAACAACAGAGGGAGAGCGGGGGGGAAAAACACACAGGGAGAAGGGUAGGAGGAGGAAGAGGAAGAAACCGAGGAGGAGGAGGAAGCGGAAGAUGGAAAAGAGGAGGGGAUGAGUGAUAUGAUGGAUGUAGGAGGAGAAAGAGGAAGAAACCGAGGAGGAGGAGGAGGAAAAGGAGGAGGAGGAGGAAGAGGAGGAAGAGGAAGAGGACGAAGGAGGAGGAAGAGGAAAAUGGAAAAGAGGAGGGGAUGAGUGGUGUGAUGGAUGUGGGAGGAGAAAGAGGAAGAAACCGAGGAGGAGGAGGAAGAGGAAGAGGAAGAAACCGAGGAGGAGGAGGAAGAGGAAGAGGAAGAAACCGAGGAGGAGGAGGCGGAGGAGGAAGAGGAGGAGGAGGAAGAGGAGGAGGAGGAGGAAGAGGAAGAGCAAGAUGGAAAAGAGGAAGGGAUGACUGACAUGAUGAAUGUGGAAGCGCAUGUGAAGGAAGCCAUUAUCGUCGCCGUUAUCAACGCAAUCUCUGUGAGGCGAAUUCUGCGGCGAAGGUCUGCUUCAGGUUGUGCGGCGAAGGUCUCGUCUUCAGCUUGUGCGGCUAAGGUUUCGUCUUCAGCUUCUGCGGCUAAGGCUUCGUCUUCAGCUUGUGCGGCUAAGGUUUCGUCUUCAGCUUCUCCGGCUAAGGCUUCGUCUUCAGAUUCUGCGGCUAAGUUCUCUGCAUCAGCUUGUGCGGUUAAGUUCUCUGCAUCAGCUUGUGCGGCUACUGCGGCUAAGUUCUCUGCAUCAGCCUGUGCGGCUAAGUUCUCUGCAUCAGCUUGUGCGGCUAAGUUCUCUGCAUCAGCUUGUGCGGCCAAGUUCUCUGCAUCAGCUUGUGCGGCCAAGUUCUCUGCAUCACAGCUUGUGCGGCUAAGUUCUCUGCGUCAGCUUGUGCGACUAAGGCGGGGUGACAUCGACAACGGCAUCAGCAGCAUCAGCAGCGUCAGCAGCAUCUGCAGCAGCAUCAGCAGCAGCAGGAGGAGCAGCAGAGGGGGGAGCCUCGUUAGUGACCGAACGGGGGAGACCAGGUGCAGGUGGUGGUCCCUCUUCAGUGACCGACGGGGCGGCGGGAGGAUCAAGAGGAGGAGCUAUGGCGCCAGCGUGUCGGCCGCUCGUACUCGCUUGCCUUUCUCCAUCGACUUCUGCGACUUCUACAUGGCAGAGUCGGGAUUCGGAGAGAUCCCGUGCCUGGUGAUCAACGCCACGAGCGGCGACCACGUGUACGGAGAUUACCUGACGAGCGAAGUCGUUCUGGGAAAGGUAGUACGGGUGCAAUCAGCGAACUCUCAGGGAUGUUUCUUCGUCACUCCCGCCGGGCUCGACUCUUCUUGCGCCAAUCAGUUCUACGUGAGCGGCCGCCAUAUCGCUUCCCGCACCUUCAACUCCCCUGUAGACGAAUUCGUUAAUCGACUUGUACUCGUUCCGUUCUCAGAUGCUCAGCUGUCGAACGGGAUCCGGCUUGGGGUGAAUGAUAACGUGACAGAGUACCGACCAGACAGACGAUGUGUCGUCUUCUGGACUAUCUUGUAACCAUCCCUCUCUCUCUCUCUCUCUCUCUCUCUCUCUCUCUCUCUCUCUCUCUUGCUUUGACAAAUUAUUACUUGUAAAAUGUAUACAUAUUUAGUAUAUUUAACGACAGCCCCAUUCUCGGAUCCUCCUGUGUCGCUCCGGUUUCGUUAUUCUGGUUGGGACUUCUGGUAUCAAGUAUUUCUCUCUCUCUCUCUCUCUCUCUCUCUCUCUCUCUCUCUCUCUCCCUCUCUCUCUCUCUCUCUCGCUCGCUCGCUCGCUCGCUCUCUGUGUCUCUCUUUCUCUCUCUCUCUGAUUGUGUCUCUCCCUCUGAGGUCUCGUGCUCUGCCUCUGUCUCUGUCUGUCGGUUUCUCUCUGUGAUUCUCUCGUUGUCGCUAUCGCUCUGUCUUGCUCUCUCUUCCGUGUUUUCCUUUCUUCCCUCUUUAUGUUCUCUCUUUCUGACCUUCGUUGAUUGAUUGAUUGAUUGAUCGACUGUCGUUGUCGCUCUCUCUCUCCUUCGGUCUAGCUCUUUCUUUCCUCUUUGUGUUCUCACUUUCUUAACUUCGUUGAUUGAUUGAUUGAUUGGUUGUGUGAUUGAUUGAUUGCUUGGUUUGCUGUCGGAAGUGCGGAGCUGGGUGUGGGAUAUUGAUUGAAAUCUUGAUUGCUAGCUUGACUGAUGCGCACCGGUGAUUUUUCUUUUUUUACUUCUCUUGAUCGAAUGCUUGAUUGAUUUGUUGAUUGAUUUGUUGAUGGCAUGCCUGAUUGGUUUGUUGACCGGGUGCUCGAUUUGCUUGAUUUGUUUGAUUGGUUGAUUUGGUUGAUUGCUUGAUUUGAUUGAUUGUUUGAAUCGAUUGAUUGCUUCAUUAAUUGCUUGCUUAAUUGCGUGAUUGAUUGCGCAGCCACAUGAGGGGACUGUGUCUAGAGCUGAAAAUCUCGUUUGUGUACAUUCAGGAUCGUUGUGGUUGGGGGUCGAGCAAAGACUCUAGUAGGGGUUAACACGUCAUCGCCUUCGUUAUGCCGUCUCUUUUUCCACCGGGUUCGUGUUUUUUUCUUUUUUUUUUUCCUUUUUUUCCGAUUGGGUUUGUGUUUGCUCCUGUUUUUCUUUUUUUUUUUUAGGAAUCAAUUACAAUUACUCCU